GGACUCCGAUCUUCUGACGACUUCAGCACUGUCUUGAACAGUUGGACUCGGUGUGUUGACAGAGGAAUCAAACGCAUCGCGUCCCCGUUGUCGAACAGCCUUGCCCUGAACACGGAUUUCAUCACUUUCUCAUCGAGAAGUAUCUACUGCCCAGCAUGUCCCCGAUUGUCACGGCCUUUAUCUACGACAGCUUCGAGAGCUACCGUGCCCAGGGGUUUAGCAUUGAAGAAUGCCAGGAAUUCGACACUCAGGGCACCAUCGACGCGACGAUCCGUUCGCUCGAAGCAUGCGGUCACAAGGUCGUCCCCGUCGCAGGCAUCAAGCAGCUCGUCGCCAUGCUCGCUGAGGGGAAGCACGAGUCCUGGGACCUAGCAUUUCCCACCGCGGAAGGCAUAUACGGCGCUGGACGGGAGGCACAGGUUUCGGGGCUUCUGGAAGCAUACCAGAUCCCCCAUGUGUUCUCCGAUGCGGCGACCCUCUCGCUUUCCCAUGACAAGGCGCGGACCAAGAUGGUGCUAGAGCAUCUGGGAAUCCGGACAGCGCCGUUUGCCAUUGUACCUUCUGCUUGCUUCGACAGCGGCGUAGAUCUGCACUCGGCGAUCGCAGAUGUACUUGCAAAAAGCCGAUAUGCAGAUGCGAUGCAGUUCCCGCUCUUUAUCAAGCCCAACUGUGAAGGCUCGUCAAAGGGGAUAUCACCAUUCAGCAAAGUACGGACGAUGGCGGAGCUGGAGCAAAGUGUGCGCCAGCUGCAUUCUCGUUUUCCUGAGCAGGAUAUCCUUAUCGAGACGUUCCUUGCGGGAUCAGAGUAUACGGUCAGCAUACUCGGGACGGGAACAUCGGCCAGAGUCAUCGGAACUGCUCAACAGGACUGGAAAUCCUCCACGACCGAGGAUAUCCGCGAAGCAAACUACCAUCCAUUUUGGGCCAACCACGACCCUGACGCUGAAGAUGAUCAUCCCCUCCGAGUGGUGAGCGCCAAGGACAGUCGGAAGGUUCAGGAAACGGAGGACCUGGCGCUCAAAGCCUGGCGGGCUCUCGGUUGCCGCGACAUCGGCCGCGUGGAUAUGCGAAUGGGUCUGGACGGGUUGCCUUAUGUUCUUGAGAUCAACGCGAUUCCUGGGAUGCGCCCGUCAUUCUCAGCGCUGACUAAGACAGCUGAAUCCUGCGGAUUCAACCAUGAGCAGCUGCUUGGAGCUGUGCUGCAGAGCGCCUUGGAGCGGUAUUCUCAAUUAAAGUUGAGGAACCAGUCAGGUUGA